AUGGAGAACGCCUGCUUUGCUUGUUUUUCAGCUAUCGACCGCUGGUGUCAUAUAUCCGCCUGUUUAGGCUCGUUCGGGGGCCAUUCAAGAGACGGCAUCUAUGAAACUAUUCUACAGGAUAGUGAGCGAGAGGCGGUGGCCGAUUUGUUACAGUAUCUUGAAAAUCGAACGGAAACUGACUUAGACUUCUUCUCUGGCGAACCACUCCGGGCUCUUACUACAUUGGUGGAGUCAAAUAAUAUUGAUUUGCAACGAAGUGCUAGCUUGACUUUUGCCGAAAUCACAGAACAAGAUGUUCGAGAAGUAAAUCGAGACACCCUCGAGCCCAUCCUCAAAUUGCUCCAAAGUCCCGAUAUCGAAGUCCAACGAGCCGCAAGCGCAGCGCUAGGAAACCUUGCCGUGAACACGGAAAACAAGGCGCUUAUCGUGAACCUGGGCGGUCUUCCACCUUUGAUUAAACAAAUGCAGUCUCCCAAUGUCGAGGUUCAGUGCAACGCCGUUGGUUGCAUUACGAAUUUAGCGACUCAUGAAGAGAACAAGUCGAAGAUCGCCAGGUCCGGCGCUCUCGGACCCUUGACAAAGUUGGCCAAGUCCAAGGACAUGCGAGUCCAACGAAAUGCCACCGGAGCUUUAUUAAACAUGACCCAUUCUGAUGAUAACCGCCAACAACUGGUCAAUGCCGGUGCCAUCCCCGUUCUAGUACAUCUACUUGCUUCGGAAGAUGUUGAUGUACAAUAUUACUGCACAACGGCUCUCAGCAACAUCGCUGUCGAUGCUGCCAAUAGAAAACGACUAGCACAGACCGAAUCUCGCUUGGUACAAUCUCUGGUACAGUUGAUGGAUUCUUCAACUCCAAAAGUACAGUGCCAAGCUGCUCUUGCUCUGCGAAAUCUAGCAUCCGAUGAGAAAUACCAGCUCGAAAUAGUCCGCGCAAAGGGCUUGCCUCCUCUACUACGCCUUCUCCAAUCGUCAUACCUUCCGCUUAUCCUUUCUGCCGUCGCUUGCAUCCGAAAUAUAUCUAUACACCCCCUCAAUGAAUCUCCUAUCAUCGAUGCCGGAUUUCUGAAACCACUGGUCGAUCUCUUAGGUUCGAAGGAUAGCGAAGAGAUCCAAUGCCAUGCUAUUUCGACGUUGCGAAAUCUAGCAGCUAGCUCUGACCGCAAUAAAGAGCUUGUCCUUCAAGCCGGCGCUGUUCAGAAAUGCAAGGAUCUUGUCCUUAACGUUCCUGUCAUUGUUCAGUCAGAGAUGACUGCUGCCAUCGCCGUCCUUGCACUUAGUGAUGAACUCAAACCUCAACUUCUCAACCUCGGCGUCUUUGAUGUUUUGAUUCCACUUACUGCAUGCGACAGUAUUGAAGUUCAAGGUAAUAGUGCUGCAGCGUUAGGAAAUUUGUCCUCUAAGGUUGGAGAUUAUUCCAUCUUUAUUCAGGACUGGACGGAACCUGAAGGAGGAUUCCACGGUUAUCUCAUUCGAUUCCUGGAUAGUGGAGAUCCUACUUUCCAGCACAUCGCCAUCUGGACACUGUUACAAUUACUAGAGUCGGAAGACUCCAAACUCAUUGACCUAAUCGCCAAUUCAGAGGACAUUAUGAACCUAGUGAAACGAAUCUCAGACCGAAACCUCGACUCCGACGACGAGGAGGUAGACGAGGGAGAAAUGGAGGUUGUCGCACUAGCUCGACGAUGUCUCGAAAUCCUCGGCAAAGGGCCUAAGCAGACGCUGGUCGAAGGAUAA